UACGGCGGAACUAAUCUAGUGACGCCUGCGCUUUGGCCCAAGCGGUGCUGGGGAAGGGAAGCUGGUUUCUGCAGGAUGCGUCAUACCCGGAAGUGAAAGGCCGGAAGUGGGGUUGGACAGGUUAUCCCCAGGGGUGGGGAAGCAGAGGCCCUGGAGGAAGGGGGAGAAUAAGAAGCCAGAGGAUCCUGGCCACUACUCCGAACCGUGUACCCGAUCCCUUAGAUUUCAGAGGCGCAGAAAAAGGGAAGGGUGUCUCAUCCCGCUUCCUGGCUUUUCGCUUUAGCCAUGGCGGAGGCAGGGGCCGGGCUGAGUGAGACCGUCACUGAGACAACGGUUACCGUGACAACCGAGCCCGAAAAUCGGAGCCUAACGAUCAAACUCCGGAAACGGAAGCCAGAGAAGAAGGUGGAAUGGACAAGCGACACGGUGGACAAUGAGCACAUGGGGCGCCGCUCCUCAAAAUGCUGCUGUAUUUAUGAGAAGCCUCGGGCCUUUGGUGAGAGUUCCACCGAGAGUGAUGAGGAUGAAGAGGAAGGCUGUGGUCAUACACACUGUGUCCGGGGUCACCGCAAAGGACGGCGUCAUGCAACCCCAGGACCCACCCCAACCACUCCCCCUCAGCCUCCUGACCCCUCUCAGCCCCCUCCAGGACCUAUGCAACACUAAAUCCCUCUCACCUUUCAUGUGUCUGCCUGGCCCCAAAUGUAUCCAUCUGGCUACAUGGGGACUCAACCCAUGGUCUGAUCCCUUCUCCUGCCCCCUCUUUCCCUCUCCUGCCUGAUAGAGAAGAGGAGGAGGAGGGCGGAUAGAGAUCCUGGAAUUCUGACUUGCUGCUGUUCCAGAACCCAGGCUCCGGGUUCUCCCAGUCCCCUCUACCCUGCAGCCUGCCCCUUGCCCGGGAUCCAUCCAUGGCCCCAGGCCAUCCUUUUGUUCUCACUGCCAAACUACCUGUCCUGGGAUCCAGCUACCUUGGCCACCUGCACCCUUAGCUUGAGUCCCAAGCACCUAAACUGGGUUUUCAACAGUCCCAGCUUUCACUGCCAGGACCCCAGUCAGAUUCCAGGCAAUCUUGUACCCCAGCUCUGCAUAUUAAUCCUGGCCUACAGUUCUUCCACUUAUGCAGUUAUCCUAAAUCAGUCCUUGCCUGUGGGAUCUAAGGUUGUGGAGACCAUAGGGUUCCCCAGCCCUUCUCCUAAGCUUAAAAGGAGCUAGGAGAGGUCUUUAUCACACCUCUAGUGGGAAGUGGACCCCAAAAUAGUCAUGACCUGAAUAUAACCUUUCUGACAAAGCUGGCUCAGACCAGUGACUUAGAGCCAACGAUUUUCUCAGCCUUUAAUCUUUGAGCUUCAGCACUGUUGUCCAAGGGGCCUGGGUCCCUAAAAGGAAAGAGGGAGAGAACAGAGAUGAGGGGACAGGCCCCUGCAGUAUACUCCUACCCUUUCCUGCCCAGGCUUUGAUGUCUCUACCAACCCAGGUGUCUUGCUCUCUCAGCCCUCCCCAACUGGUGCUGGGAUCUGGGUAUUGUCUUCCAGGCCUCUAGCUGUGCACAGUACAGAGAUCAGCAAAACCCAUGCCACCACUGAGAUCUCAUUUAUUGCCACAGAUGCACAAAAUAAAUAACCCAACAUUGCA